UUUCAGCCAAAAGUUCUGAGUACAAUGAUUGUUAACUUAACUUAACUUACUUCCGUUAAAUAUCCGCCUACGGAAAGAAUUUUGAAUGGAAUUUAUUAUUGAAUUUUAUGCAGUCAAUACCUCAUAAUUCAAAUAUCUGCCGCUCCGCAAAAUUAUAAACUCCAUGUCUGCACUGCCAUUCUGAAAUUUAGCAUUUUUAUUUCGAUCCGAUUUCGGGAGCAUAGACACAGCCAUAUAAACAUGUGAUGCAACAAGGAGGUUAGAAUACCUUGUGAUGCAACGGAGAGGUUGUUUUGUGGUUCACCUUUGAUCCGUAAGUGCAUUGUCAAAAAAUAAAAAGCACGAAUAACUGCAGAACUGGUUGCUUCGAACCUGAUUACAUUGUGCAUACGUUUAGAAGAUUUUUUUUUUUUUUUUUUUGUUAAUUUAGAUUAUUGUCCUCAUUCUAAAACCGAAAAAAACAUUUUCUGUGCGAAAGCGAGUUUUCAGACAUGGCGAGAUGGAAUCACAUUGAUAGCUUGGAAUCAGUUUUAGAAAAGCAUAUUCCAGAUGAUGACUUACGUUACGUAAAGCAUGUUUUGUACGGAAAAGAACUCAGCCCAUUAGAUUUGCCAGAUGAAGCUCUGAAGUUGGCAAAUGAAAAAAAUGUAGAUCUGAAAGGUUUCAAAUUUGAUGCUGAACCUGAAAGUAUCCGUGAACCUCGUAUUGUCCGUGUUGGCAUAAUACAAAAUGCUAUUGUUGCACCAACAGAUGCUUCAAUUCCUAAACAGCGUGAAGCUAUUCAUGAACGCAUCAAAGAAAUUGUUGAAAUUGCAGCACUUUCUAAUGUUAACAUUAUUUGUUUUCAGGAAGCCUGGACAAUGCCUUUUGCAUUUUGUACACGUGAAAAAUAUCCAUGGGUUGAGUUUGCUGAAGAAGCUGAAACCGGUCCUACAACUAGAUUUUGCUGUGAGUUAGCUAAGAAGCAUAAUAUGGUUAUUGUUUCGCCAAUUCUUGAAAGAGAUGAAACUUAUGGUGAUGUAUUGUGGAAUACUGCUGUGAUAAUCUUAGAAACUGGAGAAGUAAUGGGGAAAACUCGAAAAAAUCAUAUUCCACGUGUAGGAGACUUUAAUGAGUCAACUUAUUACAUGGAAAGCGAGUUAGGACAUCCUGUUUUUGCCACUCGAUUUGGGAAAAUUGCUGUAAAUAUCUGUUAUGGGAGACAUCAUCCUCAGAACUGGAUGGUUUAUGGAAUAAAUGGAGCUGAAAUAGUUUUUAAUCCAUCAGCUACUAUUGAUGAAUUAAGUGAACCAUUGUGGCCAGUUGAAGCAAGAUGUGCAGCUAUAGCCAAUAGUUAUUUUACUUGUGCAAUCAAUAGAGUAGGAACUGAAGUUUUCCCAAAUGUGUUCACAUCAGGCAAUGGCAAACCAGCGCACAAAGAUUUUGGACAUUUUUAUGGUUCAAGCUAUAUAGCAGGUCCUGAUGGAAGCAGAACUCCGGGCCUUUCAAGAUUGAAGGAUGGAUUAUUAGUGGCUGAAAUGGAUUUGAACUUAUGUCGUCAAAUGAAAGAUAAAUGGGGAUUUAAGAUGACACAGCGGCUCAACAUAUAUGCUGAUGCAUUUUACUGGGCAAGCCAGCCUGAAUUUAUACCUCAGGUUAAUUAUAUACAUAAUUAACUACCUUUGUCAGAGCUGAGAAAAUCCAUCACAUAAAAAGGGCAUAUUUUUACCAGAAUUUUGUUCUUGAAUCCUAUUUCACUGUUAUUAAGCAGAUAGUUUAUUAUGUUUUUAUAUCUAUUUCUUUUUAAUCAUGUCAUAGAAUUAUUUGGAAUUAUAUUACUGUUAUGCUUUGUGCAAUAAAAUCUUUGCAUAUAAA